GGGAUCCACCAGCUGCAUGGGCAUGGAAAUACCUGACAAACCCUCAUCUGUUAUGCCUUCUGGAUCUUCGUAUCUGGUUGCUUUCUUACAGCCUUUGACCCCCAUCAUGGCCUCUAAUCUAAAAGUCAUCUUCCUCUUUCUUUGGUUGCUUCAGUGUGGAGGAGGAAACGUCGAUGUACAACAGAAACCUCCAAUCCAGGUUGCACUGCUGAAGGAAGGAAUAACCAUCCCCUGUGAAGUUACCUUCCCUUAUAUGCCGAAAUACACCAAAUUUUCAGUCUUCUACUACUUGAUUAAUUCAUUGGGCCAGCACACAUCCAUCUGUAAUAGGUCAGAAAAUGUACUCAUCCCUGCUGGAAAAGAGAAUCAGACUGCUACCCGAUCUUACAAUCACACACUCAUGCCAUCUCAAAGCAGCUCUUUCACUGGCACGUACUACUGCAAGGUCAAAUGGCAUGACAUCCAGAAAAUGGGAAACGGAGUGUUUGUCCUUGCUAGAGGUACAGGGUAUCCAGAGACCUCUUCUGGGUGGAAAAUCCUCGUUACCCUCACCACUCUUCUUGCUUUAUUGAGCAUCACUGCAACAGUUCUGCUUCUGUGGAAAAGAAAGGUAUCGUGCCCUAGAAUGAACCAGCUAAAUAUCCUGAGACAUAAGGUGGAAACGCAGCCCCCUCCAGCCAGCCCACCACCACCACCACCACCUCCUGUGUAUGACUGUCUGGAUUUGCAGCAAGUUGAAGUCUACUCUAUCCUUGAGGACAACACAAAAAACCUGUCACCCAAGAAGAGUCCUCCAAGGAAGACACCUAAGAAGAAAGCAACUCUAGAAGAAUCCUCUGAUACAUUGUAUGAGAAUAUCUAACAGGGAAAAUCUAAGGCUAUGUGGACCAGGUAUCUUCCUGUAUAGCAGAAUUAUUCUCUUACAGCCCCAGUUCUCUGCAGAGAUCCACAACGACUUCAGGGCACAACCACAAGGGACUUGUGAACCCCUGGCUCCUUCUAAACUGCCCUUCAUAAACAACAGAAUACAUCUGCUCAAAUCCCA